CGCAACCGUCAAGCUUUUUUCCUCAGGGUACCAGUAGACUUUUACGUCUCGAACUUUAUGGUGCAAGAAGGAAGAAGGGUGACGAACGGCAAAAAGUGGAAACUUGAAUUUGCUGAGAAGAUAACGACGCUGAUGCAGAGACCAGAAAGCAAAGGCUUGACAUUUAACGAGGAAGCACGAAAACAGAUGCAACAAAGGAAAGAAGAAAUAGAGGACAGUCGUGCAACUAAUUAGAGAUGAAACACUCCGCGAGUGGGUACGUCAAUCAAUCAAUCAAUCAAGAACGAGGAAGGAUUCUGGGAAACGAGCCUUUUAGAAGUUGAAGCACUACCACAAGAAGGUGGGUGAUGAUAUUACACCAGACACAAGAACACUCGCUCCAUUCUGGUUUGCUCCUACUCUGCUCAGAGGCCUUGGACAGACCGGAAAACUUCUCUUCUCUUCAGACAGGUUCUUCCUCUCUCGAUACAUUACUUAGAGACAUCUCCGUGCUGCUCGCUCGUGGUGCCUCUGUAUGCCAUUUUUCUGCAUAUUCCGUUCACACAAAUUCUAUGUAAUGCCGCGUCUUAGGCAACUGCUGUAGAGUUGCAACUACAGGGGCCAUAGCUACAGCAUGACUACAUUAGUUCGCUGCUGUACUGAAUAGCCUACAUCACUACUUACCAAGAGACUUUGACUUGAUUAAGCUUAUGUUGUAUUAAUUGCAAUAACCUUAUGUAAGCUCGUGAUCUAUUAUAUCUAUAUGAUGCUGUUUUACUUGUAGUUGUAUUGAUAAUUUACAUGUCUGGCGUUAGAACUACAGUUGGCGCUCUCGGCACGCGGUAGACAGACAAGCAGACAGCCUCGCAAGAUGGUCCGCCGAAAAUUCGGAAAAAGCUACAGCCAUGAACUUCCCGCAUUUUUUUGUGGCAUCUGUGUAUACUGUAACUGUUCAUUUCCAAACCUGUGAGCGGGUGAUGCAGGAGCAGUAUGCUUUUUAUUACUUAUUUGGAUCACAGUUCGUUCUCGUUGGGAUAUUCUUACACAUCUUCAAGACACUACCUGCUGACAAGCAGCCUUCGUAUCAUGAUGCGCGUACUUCAAAAAUCAGCUCAACAUCCCGAGCAAAUUGAUGACGUAGUUUAUUUAUUUAUUAUGAUAUUACUGGAGAUGGUUACUAUAGUUUACAAUUUUACUUUUAGUUGCAGGCUUCUACUUUUUCUUUGAGUUUUAUAUAUUUACGAUUCAUCUGGAGUUUGUUGGUUGAAAAACACAGCAAGCACAGUGUUAGCUGAAGUGCGCCAGAAGCUUUUUUCGUAUAAUAUGGACUAUGUCACACUCAUUGAGCAAAAUGUAGUUCUUUGGGAUUGGGUAUUUUGAGUGCUGGGUCUCUAUUUCUGACGUGGCUCUCUAGAAGAUAUUGGAGUCUCUCUGAGUUUGAAAGUUGCUCCAUGGUGUUCAUCAUCAAGUACUCAAUGAUGAACGUCGCCAGCAAGAACGAGGGUUUCGAUGAUGAAAAGGGUGGACUUAUUUAUUAGGACUCACUUGUGCGAGAUUACUUAAUUGCAUAAGCAGGCUAAG